GAGAGAGAGAGAGAGAGAGAGAGGGAGAGAGAGGGAGGUAGUGGAUGUAGCUCUAGCUGCUCUAGCUGCGGGCCGGGGGGUGAGCUACCUAGCCCGGGCUGCUCUGCCGAAACAUCCAUGGGUGGCUGUGUCGGGAGCCACCACGACUCCUCGGGCAGCUUAAACGAGAACUCGGACGGCACCGGAGUGGCUCUAGGGCGUAACCAGCCACUGAAAAGAGAGAGGCCUAAAUGGAAAAGUGACUACCCGAUGACUGAAGGCCAGCUGCGCAGCAAGAGAGAUGAGUUUUGGGACACGGCGCCAGCAUUCGAGGGCCGGAAGGAGAUCUGGGAUGCGCUGCGGGCUGCGGCCAGCGCCUUUGAAAGCAGCGACCACCUGCUGGCUCAGGCCAUCCUUGACGGGGCCAGCAUCACACUGCCACAUGGAGCUUUGACCGAAUGUUACGAUGAACUGGGGAAUCGAUACCAGCUGCCCGUCUACUGCCUGUCUCCUCCCGUCAACAUGAUCGAGGAGCGGUCCGACGAGCCCGACGGCUCGGAUCCGGACUCCGCCGCCGCCGACCCGUCCACGGGCGGCGCCGCCGACCCCGGCUCGGGCGGGGAGUGCCAGCUCCGCCUCCGGCUCUCCACGGGCCGCGACCUGCGGCUGGCGGUCCGCUCCACGGACACGGUGGGCGUGAUGAAGCGCCGCCUGCAGAGUCAGGAGGGCGUGCCCGCCGCCACCCAGCGCUGGUUUUUCUCAGGGCGGCCGCUGACGGACCGGCUGCGCUUGGACCAACUCAACAUCUCCAGGGACUAUGUAGUGCAGGUCAUCCUCAGCCAGCGCCCGCCGCCGGAGCCCCCGGUCACGCCGGGACACACGCCAGAGGCGCCCGACGCCGUGGAAGGAGUGGCUGCACUGCCGCAGGAGCCCACACCUGUGGAGAACUGACUCCCCCAGCCUGGAAAAACAAAGGAAAAGCUCUUCUCUUCUCUUCUCUUCUCUUCUCUUCUCUUCUCUUCUCUUCUCUUCUCUUCUCUUCUCUUCUCUUCUCUUCUCUUCUCUCGUUUCCUUUGUUUGGGGCGAGCUCGGCCGUCUGCUGGAGCAGAAGAACUCUUGAAUCGAGAAAGACUCGUCCUUUUUGGUUUUACAAGUUGAAAUUUUGACCUUUUUGAAGUCUUUUUAACUGUUCCUAUGGAAACCAAACAGACUUUGUCAGAUGGCUUAAGGGGUUUUCUUAGCAACACUGAUGUUUGAAUGUUUCUGUGUUUCAGUUUCCAUUCAAGUUCUGCCCUCUGGCAAGGCUCAGCAGUAGGAAUUCUGUUCAUGAGGCUACAGGGUUAUAUAUAAUAUAUCUAUAUAUACAUUUUCAUGCCACUCGGUUUCACGUCAGGCAGUUCAACAAUCACCGCGGUUCAUCGUAUUCAGGCAUUUUUGUGACGACAUGUGAAUCAAAUCAGCAUUUAAAUCAGAGAAUCCAGUCGGUAAAGCUUUGGGUUUGUCAUCAAGUCCUCCAUAAUGUGGCUGGAGGUUUUAUCAAGCUGCUGCUGCUCAGUUAGAUACUUUAUUUCACUCAGCUUCACCGAACAAUCAGAUUAAUCAUGUAAGAAACAGUAAGUAUUCAGUGCGUGUAUGUGAAGGUGUGUGUGAAUAAAUGUGUGUGAGUGUGUGUUGGGAGGGGUGUUGAUAUAUGAUCUUGGCACAACCAUACUUAUUCAUUCAUGUGGCAAAAGGAUGGACAUCAGAAACACAGUUGCAUAUUUUGAUUAAAAAUAGAAUGUUUUUAAUUAAAAUUGGUCAUUGUUUA